AUGGAACCGCAGACGAGAAACAGGGCCAAAGGGUCAAUGCGGGGAGAAGAUGAACCGCUGAAGAAGCCGGUGCCAAUCUAUGAGCAGACGGUGAAGGACGAGAAGGGCCGAUACCAGAGAUUCCACGGGGCGUUCACUGGAGGCUUUUCUGCAGGAUAUUUCAACACUGUCGGCACCAAAGAAGGAUGGACGCCCUCAACAUUCAAGUCCUCGCGGGAAGACAAAUUCGACCAGCAGCGGGCCCGACCGGAGGACUUCAUGGACGAGGAGGACUUCGGCGAGCACGGCAUCGCUCCCAGAGAGAUCACCCGCAGCGCAGAGUUCCAGUCGGGACACAGGAAAGAGGCGUCAGAAAAAGCUCGAGCCGUGAACGCUCAGUCGUCGCUGAUCCCCGGAGACACACUGCUGGAGGAGAUCAUCGCUCCUGCCAAGUCGUCCAUCGGUGUGGAGCUCCUUAAGACAAUGGGCUGGAGAGAAGGUCAGGGGGUCGGACCCCGAGUGAAGCGGAAGCCAAGGAAACAGAGAACAGAGGAAAGUCUCCGGGUUUACGGCUGUGCGCUUCCAUCCAGAGGAUCAGAGGGCUCCGAGGAGGACGACGACGAUGACGAGUUCGCUCCAGAGAAUGUGACGUUUGCGCCCAAAGACGUGACCCCGGUGGACUUCACUCCUCACCUGGGCCUUCAGGGUCUGGGGUACCGUGGCCUGGACCCGGGUCUGGCUCUGGGGCAGGGGGCCGAGCACAUAAACCUGUUCGACCCUCAGUUCGACUCCAAGGUGAAACUGUUCGGAGGAAAACAGAAGCAGAGCAGACGCAGAGGAGUCGCUGGACAGGGCUUUGGCGUGGGCGCCCUGGAGGACGAGGACGAGGACAUUUAUCAGAGAGACUCCAUCUCUAAAUACGACACAGAGAUCAAAGAGGAAGAGCCCACAGACGGACUGUUCGGCUGGACGGCGCCGCAGGAAUACACCAAGAAGAAGGCUGCAAACCGGGAUGCCGCAUACCUGGGUAAAAUCUUGGAGGGAUUCACUUUGGCCCAAAAGUCCGAAGCACUAAAAAGCACCUUCCCUCCACCCCGACUUCCCAGAGACUACCGGCCCGUGCGGCGCUUCAACCCUGGCACGUUUGUGAGCCACGUGUCGGGGGUGAGUCCUGCUCUGGCUCAGGCCCUGAAGACCUCCAGGGGCCACAUGGUCAAAGACGAGCCCCAGACCGGACGCCAUCAGCUGGACUCUGGGCAGCGGAGAACCCUGAUCGGAGAGGAGGCGCUGGAGGGUCCCAGUUCAGUGAUGGACUUACUGAAGCCUGCCGACAGAGAGCGUCUCAAACACAUCCGGAAAUCACGCAGCGAACCCCAGUCUCACCCGUCCAAAGACUCCAGCUCCCAUAAUGCAAUGCGGCCGCCUUCUCCUACUCUGGCGCCGUUUUCAAAGCCCCCAAGCGUCACAGCUCCCCCUAGUGUGUGCCUGAUGCAGCAGCAGGAGGCCCUGUCUGCAUGGAGAGGACAGACCUCGACACAAGCGUUUAAACCAUUUGACAAGAAUCCAGAGAAACAGGAACGAUACGAGAAGUACCUGAACUGCCUCCGAGAAGGACACACCGACGCGCUGGACCAGAGCGUGGACUCUGAGAUGACGGAGUGGGAGAGGAGUCGGGAGAAGGAGGAGUUUGUGCGGGCGUCCAUCUUGUAUCGGCCGUCCUCGUCUUUCCUGUCAUCCAGAUUCACCAGGGGGAAACAAGACGACGAGGAGACUGUGGAGGUGAACCGGGACGAAGAGGGAGAUUUGGACGACAAACAGGCUGCAGUGAAGAUGAAGAUGUUUGGGAAACUCACCAGAGAAACCUUUGAGUGGCAUCCGGACAAACUGCUGUGCAAACGCUUCAAUGUCCCCGAUCCUUUCCCCGGAUCGGGACUUGUAGGUCUCCCACAAGUGAAACGGGACAAGUAUUCAGUGUUUAACUUCCUGACUGUCCCUGAGAGCAAGGAGCCUCCAGCUCCUCUAAAACCCCCGGAGGUGAAGAAGUCUCGAUGGGACAUGUCGCAGGAGAUGAAGAAUAGUGACGCUCCAAGUGAGACGAACCCAGACAACAGCGAGGACCAAAACAGGACCACGGACGAGUCCAGGACUGCAGAGACCCUGGCUUUGCCUGCUCCAGACACUAAAGACACAAAAACAGAGACUAAAGAAAAGUCGAGCAGAGAGAGCGACUCGGACAGCAGUGACUCGGACUCGGACUCUGUGGCGGAGGAGGAGACGCGGCCUCCCAUGGACGUGUUCAAGGCCAUUUUCUCCUGUUCCUCCGACGAGAAAUCUUCAUCCGAGAACGAGGAAGAAGAGAAGGAAGAACCGGAGCACAUCACACACAAUCUCUUCAACAUCGACAUCAGCGCUCUCCCCGCCCCUGCUGUAGCCACGCCCCCUAGUGCGCCAAUCAACCGGAACACGGCUCACUCCGCUCAAGACAAAACAAGAGACGAACAGGAUUGUUUUGGUCCAAAGCUGCCUCCACCAUCUUCUACUUUGAGCAGGAGCACAGGUCUACGGCCCAGAUCCAGGUCUCCCAGUCCAGGUGAAAAAUCCAAAAAGUCCAAAGACAAGAAAAACAAGAAUAAAAAGGAGCAUAAGCACAAGAAGGAGAAGAAGAAGAAGAAGCAUAAAAAACAUAAGCACAAAGGCAAAGAGAAGAAAAGCCGGAAAGACGAGAGCAGCUCUGAAAGCGACAGCGACGAGAACGCGGCAGAAGUGUCCACAGAGGAACUGCUCCGGAGGUUGAAGACCGUCCGCUCUCAGUGUCCUCUGUGA